AUGUCAAGGCCCAAAGCUGAGUUGACCCUGGCUAGAAUGGCCACUUCCGAAGUCUCGACAUACACUCAAGCGGCAAAUCGUCCUCCAGCCGCACCACAUGCAGCCAGUAAACAACCGCUCUUGGAUUCGAUAAAUCCCUUCCUGUCGGCCCUAUCACUCCUUGAAGGUCUUCUACCCCUCUUUCGCUACAUCAUGCACGCCCAAGUCCUUCACCACGCACACCUCAUGCAAGCGCCUCACCAAUGGCGCUACGCAUCGCAAUUCCACCCUAAUGCGUGUAGCCACCACGGCCCGCAGCAUUUCCGCGGUCGCAUCCGCAGCCCGUGUGGCGCUCGAUAUUUCAGCUGA